CCGAUUUUCCCGUACCGGGCGUACCUGGAGAAAAACAAGCGGAGUUUCUGAUUUAGCGGAAUUUCGCGCCAAACGGCCCAGGACGAAAAUUGUGAUUCAUGCCGCGAGGAUCGCCUGCGAAAAUUCCAAGAAUUAUGGCUAGCCACGAGAAUAAACUGCUGCUGCAAAUCAUCACCAAGCUCGGACUAGCAGGCCAUGACUCUCUCGUUGCCAAAUCGACGGAACUGCAAAGACUGCUUCAAAUCCGAUCUUCCAGCGGGAUGACGAGCAAUCUGAGCGAUUCAGCCAAAACGACGCUCUGCAUUGAUCUGGCUGCGGGCCUACUCGGAUUACCUAUCGAUACCGAAAUGGCACUCAAACUUUCGGGACUACGUAAGACAGCCUAUUCCGGAGGGCGCCGAACGUUGGAGAAGAUACUGGACAUCAACCGUACGAUAGGGAUAGCCGAAAUCUGUGUCCAACUUGGAUUGAGCCAGGUGCAAAAGGAAGCGACGGUACUGCUGGAAGCGUACAAACGGUACAUCAGCGGAGGCGGACAGAUUGAUUUCACCCAUCCACAGUAUGCGACGAUGGCUGUGUUUCAGGCCUGCAAGCGCUUGAAGAUGAAGCCUCCCAAAACGAAGCUGGUGCCAUUCAGUGCUCUCAAGCCGGCCCAGUGGACGCUGCUGGAGAAAAACUGGGAAAAAUGUCUGGCAAAUGUGGAUCUGAGCGAAGCGAAGGCGAAAGUAGAACCAUCGGAAGCACGCAUGAUCGAAUCAAAAGCAAAUGAUUCCACCCCAGCAGUAUCAUCAUCACGGAAACACGAGAGCCCGGAAAAGACGGAAUCGUACCAAAGCUGGAAGAAACGAAUGCUGGAAAAGGCGUACCGAGAGUUGGAACUGCAACGAAGUAGUGGAUGAUGGAAAGAACGUUUAACGAACCUGCCAUUCCUGGGACCCACGUCUAGAUAUUAUAAGAACUAGUUGGUAUAUGUCUCACUGUAAUGCUCUUUUAUGUUGUGCGUUUUAUAUUCAAGCUGAAAAUACAGACCUUUUUCUAUUUCGGGUACCA